AUGAGAAUCAUUUUCACCAGAGCACUCUGUGCAGCUAGACCAACAAGACGAACAAUCACACUUCCUUCACUGAUCCAAUCCCAACACAACCUCUCCCUCACACAACCUUAUACUACAACCAACAUCAAGACUACCCAAUCCCAGCAAACCAACCACAACAACACCAACAAGAUGUCCGGCCAAGGUUUCUCCAACGCUGAUACCGGCAACAAGCCGGCUGACCCCUACAAGCAGGCCAACCUCGACACCGAGGUGCCUCUAGAUCAAAAGAUCAAUGACCUUGCUAGCUUCAUGACCAGCAAUAAGUUCAGCAUGAUGACCACUCGUGAUUCCAAGACGGGAUAUCUCCUCUCCCGCUGUAUGGCGCUGGCCGCUACUGAAUCCGGUGGCAUCGACCUCCUCUUCCACACCAACACCGAGUCGGGCAAGACGGACGACCUCAAGUCGGACGAGCACAUCAACAUCUCGUUCCUCAACAGCACCACGGGCGACUGGGCCUCGGUCAGCGGCACCGCCAGCAUCGUCACGGACCGCGACCUGGUCCGCAAGCACUACAACCCCCAUCUCAAGGCCUGGUUCGGCGACUUGGGCGACGGUGUCCACGACGGCGGCCCGGAGGACCCGCGCGUGGGAGUCAUCCGCGUCAAGAUGGUGACCGCUCACUAUGCCAUCUCGACCAAGAACAUUGUUGGCAAGGUGGCGGAUGUGGCACAGGGCGUUAUCACGGGGAAGCCGGCGUCGGUGAACAAGCUGCGGGAGGUUAGCGAGCAGGAGGUGCAGUCUUGGAGGUCGUCGCACUAAGUUGUGGAAGUGUCGUGGGAUGCGAAUGAUUUAUGAGUCGACGAUGACAAUGAUAUGUGCCUAGUUUACUUUACACACAGAGUCUUUCUAACUGACACUGAGUCGGGCGCAAUAUUAGUAACAAGCUAAUUUAAUUGAACGUACGCUUUUGAA